AUGUUCGCAUCUCCGUGCUCCCCUCCACUGUCGGCUGAGCUUGUCUCAGCUUACCCCUCCGGCACGCCCCGCUUCACGCCCUCCUCGCCCAUCUUUGAGGACCGUGUUCACCCCGCCUCGCUUGACCUCUGCGGCGAGCAUGACCCCCGACUCCUCGAGUUUAUCCGCUCGGAUGUCUCUCAUGAGCUUAUCGAGUUCCUCUCGCGCACCACGACAUCGGUCAUUGCUAGCUCUACCGCCAUUGACCCCAAGACGAUUCAGCGCACCGACGGCAACUUCCCUUCCCUGACUACCUUUAUCGCCGUCGUUUGCGAGCAGAGCAACGUCCAGGUCUCAACACUGCUCGCUACCAUUGUCUACCUCGAGCGCCUUCGCACUCGCCUUCCCCGCGUCGCCAAGGGUCUUCCCUGCACGCGCCACCGCGUUUUCCUCGCGACCCUCAUCUGCGCGGCAAAGUACCUCAACGACUCGUCGCCCAAGAACAAGCACUGGUGUCGCUAUGCCCAAAUGUUCUCGCAGGCCGAGGUCAACCUCAUGGAAAAGCAGCUCUUGUUCCUCCUCGACUACAACCUCGCCAUCACUGAGGACGAGGUCGUUCGCUGCUCUGAGCACUUCCUCUCCCGGUACACGUUCGAGGUCGCCGAGCCCGAGCUUCCUCCUACUCCCGAGUCGGUCGCCGGUCUCCCCGUCACCCCACGCCUUCCCUCAGGUCACAUCAUGGCUUCUCAGACUGUGUCUCCCAAGUCAUCCGACUACGACCACUACGACGAGGCCCCAGGCCUCGACCGGUCAGACUCGACUUCCUCGUUCGGUUCGGAGGGACCGCGGACACCGCGGUCGAAUCAGAGCUCGCCCUCACCAGAGCUCGUCACUGCCGCUCGCAUCUCGCGUGCUGUCACGGCCGCUGUCCAGCUUCAGCGCCCCGUGCCCGCCGCCCUCGCCUACGAGAAGCGUUCUCAUUGCUCGAUCCACAUUGCCGACCCAAACGAGUCGCCCAUCUCUGCCGUGGCGAGCGCUGGCGCUGCAGCCAAGGAGACCCGUGAUUCGAUUGUGCGGAGGUUCUUUGGGCGCCGCCGUGACGAUUACAUUACGGCUUGA